AUGGUGGGUACACGCCACAGCCCCGGGAGCAGCGGGACUAGUGAUGAUGAGAUCUGUAGGAUGAUUCAUGAGGAGGUGGCCACAGCCAUUCGAGAGGCGAUACCAGAGUUGUUUGGGUCUGUUAAGACCACACUGAUUGAGGCAUUUGACAAGCGAUAUGUUGUUGUCACUGAGGAGGCUGCUGCUGCAGCCACUACAGCUGUCGCCACUGCACCCACUGCAGCUGUCGCCGCUGCUAGGCCACAGGGAGGUAACUCGUUGUUAUUUCAGGAGUUCAGAAAAACGGAGCCACCAGAGUUUGAUGGGAAUCAGGAUCUGAUGGCUGCCAUGAGAUGGAUCUAUGAUAUUGAGGGACGCUUUUACACUUAUUCAUGCCCAUAUCAUUUGAGAGUUCGCAAUUAUUUGUUCAAGCUUUUGCUGAUCGGAGAUUCAAGAGUUGGCAAAUCAUGUCUUCUGCUCAGAUUUGUAGAUAACUCAUAUCUUGACAGUUAUAUCAACACAAUUGAUGUCGACUUUAAAAUUCGCAAUGUGGAUCAAGAUGGGAAGACCAUUAAGCUUCAAAUUUGGGACACUGUUGGACAAGAAGAGUUCACAACCAUUACUAGCAGUUACUAUUGUGGGCCCAUGACAUUAUCAUAUAUAGUGUAUGAUGUUACUAACCUAGAAAGUUUCAACAAUGUGAAACAAUGGUGGAGUGAAAUUGAUAGUCAUGCCAAUGAAAAUGUAAACAAACUUCUAGUUGGUAACAAAUGUGAUCUUUCUGAAAGUAGAUUUGUUUGCUUUGAUCCA